UUUUUCUCGUGUUUGUCAUCACUCCAGUAAACAUUGUUAAGUUGACCUAAGGUUUACGCGGUUGUGGUUGAGGUCCCAACUGGUGAGGACGAGCUCUCUCAUGUCACACCCAAGUCUAAUAAUUGAUCUGAUAGUGGGACCACUGCUCCUUUAUCUACCGACCCAGAUCCCACCCCACCGAAGUCUGGCACUUCCACGUAAUCUUCACACCCAUGACCUUAUUGCCUACUCAUAAUAGAAGCCUUUUAUUGAAACUGUUUAUUGAACAGUUAUUAGGGACAAAACACGAAAUAUGACAUUGCUGUGGGCUACAGUCUUCACUGAAUUCUCACGUUUGAUUGGACAAAGUCAGAAUUUCUAGAGCUUGCUCUUUUCGGUGCUAAUAGUUAAGUUGAGGACCAUUAAUCUAUCUGUGCUAAAAAAAAGUACAAGAACGGUGGUAGGAUUUACUAAGGAUUAUUUUUUUUGUAAAUAUAUUUUGUAAACUUUUAUCUAUUCUAACAUCAUCAAGCAAUUCUACAUGAAGGGAUGCAGGACAUGAACGUGAUUGAUUUAUUUGUUUAAUGUAAUCAAGUAAAUCAUAAAUUCGUCAGAGGACUACUAAAUGAUGGACCCUAUACCCUCUAAAACAAAAUUAUUUUUAAAGUUUCCGAUUAUCCCUGGUUAAGUCUUACAAGUUUACUGAGCAGAGUAGCCUAUCGAAACUACUUUUGAUUGGAUACAUUUGCUUGACGCACCGCCCUUUCGUUGAUUUAGUCCCGCCUUAAUUGAUGUUUUACAAUGUCUGAUUGGAUGCUCAAGACAACCCGUCGCGUACCGUAAGUACGUCACGGCGACGGUGUUACGCAGUGAUGAUGGUGUGGCUCUCCUUGCCGCCGAUUCAGAUAGGUUGUUGGUUGAGUGUUAAAAUCGUUUUUAGUUCAGUUUCUCCCGUAUGGAGUUACGUACGGAGGCAGUAGUGGCCACAUUGGAGAUGUCGGAGAUAAAGAGCCGAGAAGAUGACCCUUCAGAGAGCAAUGAGUAUGAGUGUUUGCCACCCCAUGCCUCCUUGACGACCCACAUGACAGCAGGAGCGGUGGCUGGAAUACUGGAGCACACGGUGAUGUACCCCGUAGACUCUGUCAAGACGCGGAUGCAGAGUCUACAGCCGGACCCGAAGGCCCAGUACCGAGGCGUUUACGAGGCCCUGCAGAGAAUCGUUCGCACCGAAGGCGUCCUGCGGCCCCUCAGGGGCCUCAACAUCACGAUGCUGGGGGCCGGCCCUGCCCACGCCCUGUACUUCGCCUGCUACGAGCGGGUCAAGCGCUCCCUCAGCGACAUCAUCCAGAACGGGGGGAACAGCCACAUAGCUAACGGCGUGGCGGGGAGUGUAGCCACUGUUCUCCAUGACGCUGUGAUGAACCCAGCUGAAGUCAUAAAGCAGCGCAUGCAGAUGUUCAACUCUCCGUACCGGGGUCUGUGGGACUGCAUCGUGACGGUGACCCGGCGCGAGGGCGUGGCGGCCUUCUACCGCAGCUACAGCACGCAGCUGACCAUGAACAUCCCCUUCCAGGCGGUGCACUUCAUCACGUACGAGCAGACGCAGGAGCGGCUCAACCCGGAGCGCCGUUACCGGCCCACCAGCCACAUCGUGUCGGGGGCGGCGGCCGGGGCGCUGUCGGCGGCCGUCACCACGCCGCUGGACGUGUGCAAGACGCUGCUGAACACGCAGGAGCACGGCGCGCUGCGCUCCAGCGGUCAGGUGGGCGGCCACCUGUCGGGCAUGGCCAACACGUUCAGGACGGUGUACCGGCUGGGCGGUGCCCCGGCCUUCUUCAAGGGCGUGCAGGCGCGCAUCAUCUACCAGAUGCCUUCCACGGCCAUCGCCUGGUCCGUCUACGAGUUCUUCAAGUACUUCCUCACCCGACAGCAGCACGAGCAUCUGCAGCAGCAGCAGCAGCAGCAGCGUGGCCACGGACAUCAGCACCGAGAGCCCAAGCAGGAGGCAGGGUCCGGUCCCACAUGAGGCUCUCAGGCUCUGACAGGGAGCAGCGGGCCUCUGAGAGAAUAUGGGCGGGGGGGGGACCGUACAGGGUUGGCCACAACAGGCCCCCCGUGUCAUUCCACUAAAAGAGGGCACUUUGAAACAUUUGCUGUCAUUUAGGUAGGACCUUGUGUUCAUUUGUCAUCAUCAGUUAUUAUUAUUGUUAUUAUUCUCUUUUUCUUUUUUUUUUUUUUAAAUAAUGUCAUAAAUCCAUCUGCUUGUCAUACACUUUCCCAUCAAUAUUCCCCUGGUGUCUGGACCAUAGAAAGGCACUCAAAUAGUGCUGUCAAAUGGAGAGACUCUCGGCAUAAACACAGGGUCUUUGGCCAGGAAGGGGAUGAGAGAAAAUGGCCUCUUGGAAUGGUAGCGGUGGUUAUUUCCCAUCCCCUCCCCUCAUCCUGCUUCACACCGUUUUCUUGCCAUACACAACCCCCCCCCCCCCCCCCGUCAAUGUCUGUGUGGUGACGGAGUCUCCACUCAUCACAGUGUGCUUGGCUUCAUCCGUUUGUUUAUGGAUUUUGUGUAGGAAAAUUUGUAUUUAUUUUAUUGGCUAAGCCAAGGUCGCGUUUCAAGGAUCUCAGAAGAGCCGUGGGGUUUGUGUGCUUGUUUCACUUCCGUGUGUUUUUUUUUAAAGGACUGUUUAAUUGAGCACAUUCCUCAGUUCUGCACGCUAAACACAGCAAUGGUGGGUCUUUUUUUUUUCUUCUCCAUGUUGUGCCUCUAUCACCGCCACUGGCCGGUUAGACUUGAAACCUUAUUGGCUUUUAUUUUGAACGCUGGAGGACCAGAAGUGCUGUUGUGUCAGGGUGACUGAGAUCGUGGAUUCCAGUUGAGAUGUAUGUAUAUUCUGCCCAGUGCUACCUUUUGCAACAUUAUGCAGAAAUGAAUCUCAUAUGUGAGAUGGCUACUUUGGUUAAAGCAGAAUGGCUCUUCCAUGAAGAGGCACAAGAGAAGUAUCCUUUGUUCAUGUGACGUGAAGUUUUGGUAGCAUGCCCAGGGCAUACCCAGGCAUUUUCACCAUGUCAUUCUCUUGCAUAGCAGACUGAAGAGUUUUAUUUUGUACCAUACAUCAUUUUUCCAGCCUUCAUCACUCCAUAAAACAUAUUAACGAGCCAGUGGCUCUUUGCAGUGCUUAGUCAUAAGUUCAUUGUUGAAAUCUUAAAUUGAAGACAAGCGCACAGCUCUUAGUCGGCAUUCAUGGAGUGGAUCAGUUUGAUGGAUUCUCACUCCAUGGUCACACUCUUGCAUUCUCACAGUAAACAAACUGAGAAGGUAUGUAAAUAUGUAUAUGUGAAAAACCACAUUACCUGUGAGGACUGUCUUGCAGAAGUCCAUGUUAUCCAUUCUUCACUCACAUAGGUCUGUGUCUCUGCCUGGGUGUGUAGAUGUAUAUGUAUUGGAACACUCGCGCACAACAGAAAUCUCACAUACAAAUGUACAGGCUAUAUGGGUGCUUGGAUGGCCCACAAAGGUUUGCCUUUUUUUGUGCAGAGCACUUGGCUUGCUCUGGAAUCACGCACAACUCUAUAGACUUGUAAUAGUGAUGUUAAAUGUUUAGAGUAAUGUUAGCUUUGACAGGUUUGUCCUCCUCUUUUUUGUGUGUGUGUGUGUGUGUGUGUGUGUGUGUGUGUGUGUGUGUGUGUGUGUGUGUGUGUGUGUGUGUG